UGCAGCUUGCUUCAAAAUAACUCGCUUAUAAAUAGACCACCAACUAUCCAAACGGGGAUUUCCUUUGAUACCCAGUGCACAGCAGUGAUUGUGUAACAACCAGAGAGCUGCAGACCAGACACUCAGAGAGCAAGGACAUUUAGAAGACAACAACAUCCAGAGAACUACCAUAAUGUCAGACGAUCAACCCUCUUCACCUUCCAGCGACUCCUUGUGCCCGGGCUGCCAGGGUGAAGGGUCGCUGCCGCUGCCCUGCGGACACACUCUGUGCCAGGCUUGCCUGCAGCUGUGUCGGGAUGAGCUGGGACAGGACGGGUCAGGCUGUACCGAGUGCUACGGCCGUGAGCUGCUGGACAGCGUGCUGAAGGGGCUGCUCGACUCACUGUUUCAAGGGCAGCCGCGGCGGGUGGGAAACGCCGUGGAGGGCGGAGAGACGCCGGAGGAUGGAGGUCUGUGCAGGCAGCAUAGAGAGAGACUGACUCAAUACUGUAUGGAGGACGAGGAGCUGAUCUGUGAUCAGUGUCAGGGAGAGGAACAUGAAGCUCACGAGUGCAGCUCCAUUGAAGAGGCCACAGAAGAAUGUAAGAGGGAGUUGAGAGCAGCUCUCAGACCCCUGCAGGAGAAACUGGAGAUGUUAAACACAGCCAAGCAAACCUGCCAGGAAACUUCAGAACACAUCAGGAGACAGGCCCAGAACACAGUGCGUCUGAUAAAGGAGAACUUUGAAAAUCUCCAUCAGUUCCUGCAUGAUGAGGAGAUCUCCAUGCUGAGAGCUCUGAGUGAGGAAGAGGAGAAGAAGAGCCAGAAGAUGAAGGAGAAGAUGGACAAACUGACAGAUGAGAUCAUGACCUUAAGAGAAGCCAUUAGCUCAACUGAAGAGGCCAUGAGCGCUGAUGACAUGGCUUUUCUGAAGAACUACAAGAAGACUUCAGAACGGAUGGACUGCACCGUUCAGGAUCCAGAGGAAAUCUCUGGAGCUUUGAUUGAUGUGGCCAAACACAUCGGCUCGCUCAAGUUCAGAGUGUGGGAGAAGAUGCAGACCACCGUCACGUACACUCCUGUGAUCCUCGACCCCAACACCGCAGACGUCUGCGUGGCUCUGUCCGACGACCUCACCUCCAUCCGCUACAUGGAGGAAGACCAGCAGGUCCCAGACAACCCCGAACGCUUCAGCUUCUACGAGUGCGUCCUGGGCUCCGAGGGCUUGGGCUCCGGCCGGCACAGCUGGGACGUGGAGGUGGGCGACUGCAGCGAGUGGGCGCUGGGGGUGGUGAAAGAAAGCGUGCAGCGUAAAGAGUGGUUCCCGCCGAGCCCCGAGCGCGGCAUGUGGACCAUCUGCCUGUACGGAGGAGAGUACCGCGCGCGGACGGCCAGUAGCGCUCCUCUGACACUCAAGAAGAAACCUCAGAAGAUCCGGGUUCAGCUCGACUGGGAGGCCGGCAGAGUCAUGUUCUCAGACGCUGGAGACAACUCUCUGCUCUACAAGUAUAAGCACAAGUUUACAGAAAAAGUGUUUCCAUAUUUCUCCAACACAUGUAAAAGACAUCCGCUGCAUAUUUUAGCAGAGAAGGUGUCUGUGUACACAGAGUAACUCCACAAACAUUUCAUGAUACACACUAUUCUGAGUCUGAAGGACUGAAGUAGUACAAGAAUGACUUAAAGGGAUAGUUCACCUAAAAAUGACAACUUUGUCAUCAUUUACUCACCCUCAAGCUGUUCCAAACCUGUACGAAUUUCUUAUGCUGAAAACAAAAGAAGACAUUUUGAAGCAUGUGGGGAACAAAACAGUUUUUUUUUUUCAGGUAACAAUUUUCAUUUUUAGGUGAGGUAUUCUCUUAACAAGCUUACACUAGCGUUUUUUUAAGGAAAUCAAUAUUUUUAUUCAGCAAGCAUGCAUUCAAAUUAUCUAGAGUAGCAGUAUGUUUAUUGUAAAUUAUUUUCUUUUGAACUGAACAACCAGUGUUGAAAACUGUUGUGCUGCUUAAUAUUUUUGUGGAAAUUGUGAUAAUUUUUAGGAUAUAAAGUUCAAGAGUUUAUUUGAAAUAGGAAUCAGUUGUAACGGCAUGCAUUGUGUGUUUUUAUUGUUGUAUCUAAUUAUCAUAGACGACUUAUCAUAAUAGUAAUUAUGAAAUACAAUCAUUUUAAUUAUCAUAAAAACGAAUGCAUUCUUGCUAAAUAACAGUAUUAAUUUCUUUACAAAAAUACACAUUCAGUUACUGACCCUAUACUUUUGAAUGGUUGUGCAUCUGAAAAAUGACUAAUUAGUACAAGGUUUGAGAAAAUUCAAAGCUUCUGAGUACAGCUGAAGAAACUCCCAACAUGAGGUGGAGUUUGAGCAGCUAAUGCUUGUUGUUGAUGUGGUCUUUGUGCUGAAGCUCUGUGAACUCUGAAUAAAGCACUGAUGACAUCUCCAGCUGUCCAGCCUCAUCAGCCCCAGACAAGAAAACAGACACUCGCUCGCCUCGCCAGAGCACACAGAAGUCUCUUUACCUUUUCCUGUGAUCAUGACUUUGCAAACUCGAGACGCAUGCUCAGAGGAGAACCUUAGAUUACAACAUCAAGUAUAUUACCAUCUGUAACAUCUUACAACAGAAACCUAACACUAUGUAAAUGAGCAAAUAUCUGUGAAUGUAAGAUUCUUUUCAGAAUAUUAGAUUGCUGCUUAAUAUUGUGCAGUAUAAAUAAUCUAUCUUUUUAAAUAGUGGAUAAAACCAUCAUUUUGCAACAAUAAAGUUUUAAAACAUUG